GGUAUACCCACGUAUCCCACGUUGCUAGGUAGACUCGCGGCGCGUAGAACCGAAUCGCGCCAGUAUCUGGACCCAGUGUCGUGGACACUUUCGAAUCACGCUGGCCAAAAGUGGAAAGACGCCCAUUAUAUUAAACGUACUCUAUCAUAGUCGGUGCGACAACGAGCCACGCGCAUUGCAACAACGGUAGCGUCUAGAGAAGACGGGGGUGAUCAAUCCCGAAUUGGAUUAGAGUUCGCCUUCUUUCGGCUUAAAGUCCGCUAAGUCAACGCGGAUCGAGAUUCGGCCAACGAGCACAAGCUGUCGUUUAUCUGAAAAAUUCUAAGGUAUAAUAUAUUCGAGCGCGAAACUCAAUUCGAUUUUGCCCUUAACGGGUCUUUUUUUUUUCUGUCUCUUGCGAUCGUCCUCUGAGCAGCGAUCCUGGGUCAGUUCCUGGGUUAUCGUUUGUCGGCGGUGACAUUGGCACGGCGAUUGAUCAGCACGCGAUGCCAAUUAAGUGACUUCGCGGCCUCCUUCCUGUCGAGACACCUGCCGUGCUCACUACAGGAUAGAAGGAAGUUCUAUCACGGAGGGGUGAAUCAUAACGAUAGAUCGAAAUGGCGUUCGCGUGGCAUCUAAUAUCAAUAUUUUUCUUAAUGGUCACCUGGGGUGAACCUUGUACGGAGUACGGAUGUCCAGGGCGGCCGCAGUACGAACCCUUCGUACCCGCGCCUCCAGGACUCACCCCCCAAUGCGCGCCACCGGGGCAGACCUUCUGCGAGACCCCAGAUCAUUAUCCUCGACAACUCAUCAAGUUCCUCGUCGACAAAUGCAGCUUCGACUUUAACACCGCGCUGCAAGAUGAAUCCCGCGACGAUUUUAACGCUUACAGUUCUCCACCGGAUUAUAAUCAAGGCUAUGAUUAUCCACGACAAGACGAUAGUCAAUUAUACUCGCAGUUUCCUCUUGGAGGAGAACCAGCUCCAGUGUAUGGACCUCCAUCUAAUAGUAGUCGUUAUCAUGGCUACAAAUAUUCUGCACCGCCAUACUCGCAAAGAAAUCCUUUCCUUCCGGGAGUAACGCUGAAGUAUCAUCACGACGUCCAACGACAAAUCGAGCGUGCUCAUUCGCAAGAAUCCGUAAACGUAUUUGAGUCGAACCAAUCGUGGCUGACGAAUAGGUAUUCGCGAGGUGACAAGAUAGCACCGCGAAGUUACAGCGUAAACCCGUUAUUGGGAUACGCGAAACUUAAGGGCGACCGAGUAAAGAGGCAGUCGAAUUCGGAAAUCAUCUCCCUGUGUCCCACACGAGCCCAAUAUAUCGCUCCCCGAGCCGCUUUGAACAAACAGGGUAACUGGAUGUAUGUUGUUAAUAUUCCUGAACAAAACAAGUAUUCGCAGCUCGUCAGAAGCGAGAAAUGUUUAAAUGACGUGUGCGACGGUAUAUGCUCCAUCCCGGAGGGGUACAAGAGUAGAUGCCAGCAACAAUUCGUGCAAAAGAGGCUAGUCGCGCUCGAGGGAAGCGGAAAUCGACUUUACACCGACUUAUUCUGGUUUCCACAUGGUUGCUCGUGCCAGAUCAUACCGAAUUUCUAAGGAUACUGCGACUACGGCGUUGUGCUGUGAGCGUGAAAGGGUUAAUUUCAGGGGGGGUGAGCGCUAUUAAACGCGGCCGUGCACGUCGUUCUCUUCACGAUUGUAAUUCUGCGACAUAGAGCGCGCCUGGCAACAGCAUUGAAAGUGGAUACCGAUAAUGUAGUGUUCUAUGAACGGUGUGUACCCGAGUAAAAGUGUGUAUCGCGACACGUAUUAUCAACGGUGUGAGGCAGAGGCGGAUACACGUUGUCAGUUUAUCGUUAAUUGCCAUUGUUAAUUGCGAAUCACGAACAGCAUAAUUCUGUUAAAUGCGUCACUGAACGUAUUCAACGUGUUUCUCUGCGGUUAAUAGAUGGAAAAUCUUUCAGCGAGAGAUGUCGGUAUACCGAUAUCAUUACUCGCAUCGUACAUUUAAA